AUGAGACGCCUUCAGGUUAACUACUCGGACAAUGCACGACUUUACGUUACUGGUUCGAAAGACGGUGAUGUCAAGGUGUGGGACGGGAUCUCAAAUAGAUGCGUAGAAACGUUCAGCCGAGCUCAUGACGGAGCCGCUAUUUGCUCUGCUAAAUUUACAAGAAAUGGCAAGUACAUAUUGACAAGUGGAAUGGAUAGCAUUGUCAAGUUAUGGGAGCUCUCUACGAACCGCUGCCUGAUUGCUUAUACUGGAGCGGGCGCCACCGGUAGACAAGAAUUUCCCGUGAAAGCCACGUUCAAUCACAACGAAGACUAUGGUCAUACUGCCGCCACUCGUGUCUUCGUCCAUUCGCCAACGGUUCCCGCUUUCCUUACAGGCAGCGACGACUUUUAA